CAAAAGAAGUUAUCGAAGAUUACUUAGAAGUUGUACACUUUUAUGAGUAAACUUCCUGUUUCAAUUUGAAGAUAUUUUGAAAUUGAACGCUAGAAAACACAACCAUCUACUAUGGCACUCGUGUUCAAUCGGAAUAGGGUUGGUGUUGAAAAUACUUCAACAACGGUUGGAGUCCCGGAAAACCCUCUAGCAAGAUUGAUGUACUAUUUGAACUGCAUGUGUACUGUUCUCAGUUUACAGGAGCCAAAUCUUGUGAGACUUAUUAACUAUUAUAAUUUUUUCGAGCUCAGUGACGAGGAAAAGGUUUUACUAUUACUUCUGUGUGCGAAAUUAAACCCUGUGGCACUGACAGGGAAGUGUUUAUUUCACGAUGAGGACGUAGAAUCAAAUGCUGGACGUGACAAUGAGUUCUACAACAUUAAUGCAGAAACUAUGACAUUUGCUGCAUCAGAGUCGGUCAUAGUGGGCGAGAAAAGGGUGGCAGUUAAGAAGAUAAUGUUCUAUAAUGUUGCGUGGUUAAAUCGAAAUUAUAUUGAACCAAUGAAGUUCUUUCUAGAAGACGACGAAGACGAAGAGCCGUCAUAUGUACAAAAUAGGCCACAAACUGCAGCUUAUUAUCAUCAAGCUGUGACAUAUUACCACCAACAACCAACGCAAAACCAACGACCAGCCAUAGCAUAUAACCAACAACCAACACAAAACCAACGACCAGCAAUCACCUAUAAUCAACAACCAUCUGUAACAUACAAUCAACCAACAACACAACAGUCAUAUCAACAUCAACCAUCUUACAACUACAAUACACCAUCUUAUCAACGUCAGAACUCCAACAGCAGCUGUUGUGUUAUCUUGUAAAUCAGUUAACAUUUCAGUUUAAUUUGUUAUUCACAAUUCUUAGUGUAAUCAGGAUAUAUUGCAAUUACAUGUAUAUGUAUAUAUGUUUUGUAGCUGUAUAUUUUUAUUAAUCAGGUAAUUCUAGCGUAAGCAAUGUAUAUUUUUAUCUUUCUGUUUGCAUAACUGAUUUCAAACGUUAGUGGUGUUUUGUUUGUGUUAAAAGUUUAGUCCGUUUACAAGUUUAUUGCUUUUUCGAUAUUAAAUUCAUUGGGUUGAAAUAAGGACAGUUCUGAUUGGUAUAAGGCAUGGCUAACUUGAAACGUCCAUGGUAGAACAAUGUAACAUCACCCAUUAAUGAAAAAUGAAAUAUUAGUUUUUAGUGCUAAA